AUGAUUGAGCGUUUUUAUGGCAAAGCUAUCAACGCCAAAUGUGGUCAGGUGGUAAAGCGACCACGUGGUACAAGUCGGAGUUCUACCACAAGUUACAAGUUUUCGACAGAAGGCUCCGGCUCAGACACAGGCAGUUCGACGGAAGGCUCCGGUUCAGGCAGUUCAGUGGAAGGCUCCGGCGGUUCGGCUGCAGGCUUCACUGCAGGCCUCGGGGGUUCGGCUCCAGGCUUCACUGGAGGCCUCGGGGGUUCGGCUCCAGGCUUCACCGGAGGCCUCGGGGGUUCGGCUCCAGGCUUCACCGGAGGCCUCGGGGGUUCGGCUCCAGGCUUCACCGGAGGCCUCGGGGGUUCGGCUCCAGGCUUCACCGGAGGCCUCGGGGUUUCGGCUCCAGGCUUCACCGGAGGCCUCGGGGUUUCGGCUCCAGGCUUCACCGGAGGCCUCGGGGGUUCGGCUCCAGGCUUCACCGGAGGCCUCGGGGGUUCGGCUCCAGGCUUCACCGGAGGCCUCGGGGGUUCGGCUCCAGGCUUCACUGGAUGGAUACAGAUGGUCAACUUUAAUCAGUCCAUUCAGCAGCAUUCAGUCUCGGAUACAGCACAAAACCCAAAUAGCAAGUUUUACUAUUAA